GGGAAAAAAAAGAGGCGUCUACCGAUUCGACGAAUUCGGGCAGUGUGGGAAAUCGGCCGGGGUAUAAAGCAGCUGAUCACGAGCACCUCCGGCAUCAGUUGCUUAACACGACUCCUCCGUGACUGUGUGACACACGUAACGACAGCGCAACAUGAAGGUCGCCAUAGUUUUCCUUGCCAUGCUCGCGUGCUUCGUAGCCGCGGAUAAGUACACAACGAAAUACGACAACAUCGAUGUGGACCAGAUCCUGAAGAGUGAUCGUCUGCUCAACAACUACGUAAACUGUCUUUUGGAUGUUGGAAAUUGCACGCCCGAUGGACACGAGCUCAAGAAAUCCCUCCCUGAUGCAUUGGCGAAUGGUUGUAACAAGUGUAGUGAGAAACAGAAGGCUGGCAGCGAGAAGGUCAUCCGGUAUCUUGUCAACCAGCGACCGAAACUUUGGGAAAAAUUGUCUGCGAAAUACGAUCCAACUGGAGAAUACAAAGAGAAAUUCCAGAACGAGGCGGAGAAGCAUGGGAUCAAGCUGUAAACUCAAUCGAAGUUAUUACGAAAUCAUGAAGUGACCGUUAAAGCGGGAGGUUUAUGCUGUUUUUCAUAUUUCGUUCACUUAUUAUUCUCUUUCUUUCUUUUUAUCUCUCUCUUUAUUUCUCCCCCCCUCUCUCUCUCUUUCUUUCUCUCUUUCUUUCUCUCUGUCGAUUUUUUUUGUAUUCUUCUUUUUUUGAAAAGUUGUUAAAUAAAUGAUGAGUUAAGCGAUUCGUAAUUGUUGAA